AAAGUCGGCACGACAACUCUCUAUUAACUUAUCUUGGGUUUUAUUCCCAAGUCUGUCCAGAGAAGGCUCGAAUUUUCCAAGUAUUCCUUUCGCCAUGGCGGUAGAGACAUCUCUUCCUGCUCUCUUGAGCUCUCUUCAAACAUCUCUCACCUCGGCUCUUUCUUCUGCACCAGAUUCCUCUCCUAUUCUCCCUCCAAAGGACGGUAUCUCGCUCCUCGACACCAAGAAUGAAUUACUUCUAUCCUAUCUACAGAAUCUGGUAUUUCUUAUCAUCUUGAAGAUUCGCGAUAUUCCAUCGCAGACGAAUGGAGCGACGAAUGGCGCAGAUGACCAAGCCUCGUUCCGCGACAAUGCAGUUAAAAAGUUGGUCGAGUUGAGAGUAUUCCUCGAACGUGGCGUGCGGCCUUUGGAAGGCCGACUCAAAUAUCAGAUCGACAAGGUUCUCCGAGCUGCUGAUGACGCUACGAGAACUGCUGCGCAAAAUACUCGUGAUAUUGCCCCUGCCAAGGCCAGCAUCAACGGCGCAGCUGGCGAGGGAUCCGGAGACGAAAACUCUGAUGCCGAGGCCGACAACGACGCGGAAGGCGGUCGUUCCGGGAAUGCUGGGAGCGACAUUGACGAGCUUUCUUAUCGUCCAAAUCCCCUGUCCUUUGUACGAAGCCAGGCCGCUGCCGCGACUCGGCCCUCUGCGGCCUCCGCCGAUGGGAUCUAUCGUCCACCUCGCAUUACGCCAACGGCUCUUCCCACUACAAUUGGUAAAGAAGAGCGGGCACAGCGCAAGCCAGGUCGAUCGGCGACACUCGACGAAUUUGUUAAUACUGAGCUUUCGACCGCGCCCAUGGCUGAACCCAGUAUUGGCAGCACAAUCAUUGAAGGAGGACGACGUACAAAGUCUCAAAAGGAGAGACAGGAUGAUGCCGAACGUCUGGCUUACGAAGAAGCAAACUACGUGAGAUUGCCCAAGAUAAGCAAGAAAGAACGUGCGAAGAAAGGCAGGGACAACCGCCAGGGCGGAUUUGGUGGAGAAGAAUGGCGUUCACUGGGUGACGGCCUCGAUCGCAUCGAUCGAUUGACUCGAAAGAGUAAAGGUACAUCAGGCGCGCUUGAGAGAAGCAGGAAACGUGGAUUGGAUGACGGCCCUUCAGGCGGCUCGGCCAAUUUUGGAGAGAGAUUCGACAAACGGCGGAAGACUCACGAGCGCAAACGCAGAGUCUAGACAUUGCGAUCUGAAAUCGAAGAGGAAUAGCGUGUCAUUCAUAAGCAUCUUCGUUCAAUUCUCCCUCAGGCUAUAUUUCCCAAUUAUUUGAUCUGGGAUUUUGCAAGAAAGUCGCCCUAUGUUGGACCUACCAAAAAGCUGGCCAUGUAAUCAAUCAGGUAGUUGAAUUAUCAAAAUCAGUUACUGUGGCUCUCCGAGUUCACAGUAUAGUCCUAUGGACACUAUAUAUCCUCUUUAGUGAAAUAUGUAUGUAAUGAAGAAAGUUGCUCAGGGGU